AUGGCAGGCGCACGGAGAACACGGAAACCAUCAUUUCAGAUUACUGGAGAAGAUAGAUCAACAUCAGCUGCAGAUGAUAACAUAUAUGAAGAUGAUUCGGUGAAGAGAUCAAUUUUGAGCGCACCAUUAGUUGAGUUCAGCACUGUUUAUUCAGCAGCGAACAAUUUCAGUGAAAAGCUUGGCGAAGGUGGAUUUGGUCCAGUUUUCAAGGGGAUACUACCAGAUGGCCAAGAGAUUGCUAUUAAGAGGCUAUCUAAAAGCUCCGGGCAGGGAUUGGAAGAGUUCAAGAAUGAGGUGACGGUGCUAUCCAAGCUGCAACACCGGAACUUAGUGAGGCUUUUUGGUUGUUGUAUUCAUGGAGAAGAGAAGAUGAUGUUGUAUGAAUACAUGCCCAACAAGAGUCUUGACUCAUUUAUUUUCAAUGAAAGUAAGAGACUUGUAUUAGGCUGGAAAUUGCGAUACAAGAUUAUUCAGGGAAUUGGAAGAGGGUUACUGUACCUUCAUCAGGAUUCCAGGCUGAAAAUUAUUCAUAGGGAUCUCAAAGCAAGCAAUAUUUUACUAGAUGAUGAUUUCAACCCCAAGAUAUCGGACUUUGGCAUGGCUAGAAUUUUCGGCGAACACCAGCUUCAAGACCUUACUCGCCGAAUUGUCGGAACCUAUGGCUACAUCUCCCCGGAGUAUGCAAUGGAGGGCAAAUUCUCUGAUAAAUCUGACGUCUUCAGUUUUGGUGUGCUGGUCCUCGAGAUUGUGAGUGGCCGCAGGAACAGCUCUUUUGUCGACGACGAAUGGUCAAUGAACCUAUUGGGCUAUGCAUGGACCCUGUGGAAGGAAGGCAGUGUCUCAGAGCUUAUCGAUCCGCUCAUGGGAACCACAUACACUUACGACGAAGUCUGCAGAUGCAUUCAGGUGGGUCUCCUGUGCGUGCAGGAGUUACCAGCUGAGAGGCCAACCAUGUCGCUGGUGCUCAGGAUGUUGAGCGGUGAUGUUACGGUUCCGUCUCCGAAGCAAGCUGCAUUUUUUGUUGGGAGGGCUCCUCGUCUUCCUGCGGAUGACAACAAUACUGAAUCAGGGAAUCAAUUAACGUACACGGAUCUUCAGGGCAGAUAG